AAAACAAAUUUAGCACGCAUAAAUAAAGUGGAGAUUGUUUCUUUCCUUUUGCCCCUCCAACCCGAAUGGCCUCACUUCAUUCAUCUUUUUAUCUUACCUGAAUCACAACAACAACAAAAUCUUUGUCUUUCGAGAUCGAAAGAUUAAGUGUUCAUAAAUAUCUAUCGACGCGUAACGUCUAUAUCCGUUACUCUUUGUACCCGAAACCCCUUCAACAAUCAUCAAUCUUUGCAUCUUUCACAAGGCAUAAGCCUCUCCCUUCAAGAUGUCUGCAGAACUCAUCAACAUCGCGACUAUGUUCGUGCAAUACUACUACAACCAGUUCGACCAAGACCGAACCGGACUGUCCUCUCUAUACCGAGAUGCUUCCAUGUUGACCUUCGAGUCAGCUUCGUUUAAGGGAACCCAAUCCAUUCUCGAGAAGUUGACAGGCCUGCCCUUCCAGCAGAUUAAGCACCAGGUCGCCACCAUGGACCUUCAGCCCGGUGUUGGUGAGAACCACAUCAUGGUUCUUGUCACUGGCCAACUUCUUGUCGACGAAGAGCAGCGGCCCAUGAGCUACACUCAGUCAUUCUACCUGGUCCCCGAGAACAUCAACGGCAAUCCCCAAUACUACGUCCACAAUGACAUCUUCAAGCUCGUCUACGGUUAAUCGUCAAACUAUUUCGCCCUGUGGCAACACAUUAUGAAAAUUACAAUGCUAUAAUGCUGUUCUUGUGGGUUGGGCGAUUUAAGAAUUCCGCCAAAAUCUCCUUUUGCUAUAGAUGACGAGUCGGGGUUUAAACUUGUUUUAGGGAGGUAGUUCAGUUCCUUGCAUCACAUGGAUUGAUUCUCUCUAGCUAGGUCGUUAGGAAUUUUAUUCAUCACUUCGAGGCUUCAGGCUUCCAUGACGCUUUUUAUAGUUGCCCAACCAUACCAGUGAUCUUACAAAUAUUUUCUAUUAUUUAUUCCAUUGGUUGAUUUCAUCAACACCGCUUCACUUCUGUUUGACAAGAAUAUUUAUAAGCAAACUCUCUUUUCGCUUACAUUCAGUAAAGGGAGCGGGUGUGUGAAUGGGUAAUCGAUCACCCCAACAUGCGCCGCACAAGUUGAACCGAAGGCACUACGGUUCAUGGAACUCAUCAGCACCUAGGUAGGCUAGUACCUCCUUGAUGUACCUUGUGCUACUCAAUGUUGUUUAUAGAGCUGUUAUGAUCCUAGGAUGUAAACUCGUGGGCCGAAGAAUGUACACAGGGGGCCAUCAAGUGGAUCUGUCUGCUUUCUUUCAACUCGAAACACCUCGUCCGAUGUCCAAUCAGUUUCUACGUAG